UAAAGCAAACUCUGAUUUUUCUCUAAGUUACGCGGACAAAUUGAAAUAAAGAGGUAUUUCUUCUCAAUGGAGGUCUGAAAAAUGGUGCACAUCUCUUUUCUUUUUGAAUUUUCAUCUUGUUUCUACUUUUUAGUAUCAACGUUCAUUUUUUAUUUGUGAUUGAGAAUACAUGUCGCUUAACAAAACUCUCUGGUGACUGUGACAGAGUUUCCAAUAAUUUGAAAAUUUGAAGAGUCAAUUAGGGUAAAAGAGUCAUUUUAGUUAUUUUGUUAGCAAUUUAACCCCCCUUUUUUUUUUCGUAAAUAAACGGCGAGUUGAAAUUGCGGAGCCCCAAUUCCUCCACAAAACCCCUCUGAACAGCUACGAUGAUCGGAUAUUGAGUUGAUCUUCUUCCUCCUAAGUUCCCUAUCUCGAAGAAUCAGAAUUUCUCAAAUUUGGAUCCAACUUACCGAUUUGAUCAUCUUUCGAGUUCCCUAUCUCCAAGACUCCAAGUAUCAGAAAUCCUCAAUUCUAAAGCCAAUCCACAAAUUGUUGACGAAAUUCUCUAACCAUGGAAUCCAGCAUUCUUGAAUCGAUUGGCGUCGAAAUUAUCGGCGUAAUGACCCCAGUUUCGAUCUGCAUGCUCCUAGUCGUUCUCUUGGUAUACGCCCUCACUCCUUCCUCCCCCGACCCAACGCCAUUUCGCACUGCUGCAACGCUGGUCUACCUCGAAAGCCCCUCUGACUCGACAACCCAGAAACUAGAAGGUGCAUUACUCAACGCUGCAGUGUUCGUCAUACUCAUCGCUGCGGUUACUUUUCUCCUUGUGGUUCUGUAUUAUUAUAAUUUCAGCAAUUUCUUGAAGAACUACAUGCGAUUCUCGGCAUUCUUUGUACUGGGUUCUAUGGGUGGAUCAAUCUUUCUGUCGAUAAUUCAACAUUUCUCCAUACCUAUUGAUUCAAUAACCAGUUCUGUUCUGCUUUUCAAUUUUACUAUUGUUGGUGUUCUGUCGAUUUUUUCUCGUGGAUUUCCGAUAUUCUUGCGGCAAGGGUAUAUGGUUCUUUUGGGAAUCAUUGUUGCCACAUGGUUCACUAAGUUACCAGAAUGGACGACGUGGGUGUUGCUUGUGGCAUUGGCAGUGUAUGAUUUAGUUGCUGUUUUGGCUCCUGGUGGACCGCUGAAGCUGUUGGUUGAGAUGGCCUCGAGCCGAGAUGAGGAACUUCCAGCAUUGGUUUAUGAGGCUCGGCCAGUUGUCUCAAGUAGUCCAGGGGGUCGUCGCUCAACAGCAUUGGGUCUUUUGGUUGCUAGUUCAUCAGAGUCAGGUUCUGUUGAGCUCCAGCCGGUGGGACAGAAUAAUGGAGGUCGAAAUGACACUGUAUUAGGAAAUCGUAUAAAUUCUGAUCGCUCUCCUGUUGAACCAGGAAAUCGUCAAGCUGAUGAGACUAACAGUAACAUCGAGGAUGAGAUAUCACCUCUAGUUGCUCAUUCGGGAAGGAGACGGUCAACGAGUACUGAAGUUUCUAACUACUCGACGGUGGAUAUUGUGUCCCUACAAGCUCGUAUAUCUGGGAAUGCAGAAUCUGAAAAUGCUAUUGAAGAGGAAAUGUCACCCCUUGUUGAACUUCUUGGUUUGGAGAAUGAAAGAGAACAAACGAGGAUGAACAGUGGCAAUGGCCAUGAUAUGUCUAUGACCACAACGCCAGGUAUCAAACUUGGUCUUGGGGACUUUGUCUUCUACAGUGUUCUUGUGGGUAGAGCUGCUAUGUAUGAUCUGAUGACUGUGUAUGCUUGUUACCUUGCAAUCAUAUCUGGACUUGGCUGCACCCUUAUUUUAUUGGCAGUGUGCCACCGAGCACUGCCGGCUCUCCCCAUCUCUAUUACAUUGGGCGUCAUGUUUUACUUCUUGACACGGUUAUUAAUGGAACCCUUUGUUGUUGGGACUUCCACAAAUUUGAUGAUGUUCUAACUUUUUAUUUUUUUCAUGUAAUCUCAAUACAAGUGAAAGAAUUAUAAUUGUUUCAGAUGAUAUGCAUUUCUGUAAACUACCAAAUGAGUUUACUUCUGUUUUGGUAGAACCAAAUGAGUUUACUUAUGUAUUAUUCCCUUUGCUUCUUUUGUCCUGUAAAUAUUUUUUGAUAUUUAAAUUUCUUAACUAAGAGGUGCAGAAGGAGAGGAUGUUUUUAAUA